CAGGGGGAGCCUCGAAGCUAUCGAAACUCUGAACCUAAAAAUUAAGGAGGAGAGAUGGCUUCAGAGAAGAAGGUUCUAGGUUUCGAAGAAGUUUCAAAGCACAACAAGACCAAAGACUGUUGGCUUAUCAUCUCCGGCAAGGUGUUUGAUGUGACCCCAUUCAUGGAUGAUCAUCCUGGAGGCGAUGAAGUCUUGUUGUCCUCAACAGGGAAAGAUGCUACGAAUGACUUUGAAGACGUUGGUCACAGCGACACCGCAAGGGACAUGAUGGAGAAGUACUACAUUGGUGAGAUCGAUUCUUCUACUGUUCCAGCAACAAGGACAUACGUUGCACCUGCUCAACCCACGUACAACCAAGACAAGACACCAGAGUUCAUCAUCAAGAUUCUCCAGUUCCUUGUCCCAAUCUUGAUCUUGGGUCUCGCUCUUGUUGUCCGUCAAUAUACCAAGAAAGAGUAGAAGCAGAGGCUUUGCAUUUUUGCUUGCCACUCUAUAUCACUCUUUUCUUAUUUCUCUAUAUCUGUAUUUGCAAAAAAGAAAUACAGUUACUGUUGUUUGGUUAGACUUUAUCUCUGUCCUUCAGAAUGAUUCUUGUUGAAACUACUACGAACCAAUAAUCAAUGUGUUGCUAGUCUCUUUAUGUUUUGUUUAUCUUUUUGUGUUUAUCGAGAUGUGUUUAACUUUGAUUAUCAAAUAAAAGAGUGCUUCAAUUAUUCAGA